UCAGUUUUCAAGUUAAAUGUCACUGUGACCCACCAGGAAUAUUUCUGACUUUAAAUUUGUUUUGCACAUAGUGUGUGUCAGAGAGAGAGAUGAUUCUACAUUCUCCAUUGCGGGGGUCAGAGGUCAUGCUGGGCACCUCUGGGUCUUCUGAGAGUCUCCAAAUAUAAGACAGAGGCCGUGGCAUGCAGAUGGCACAGAAUCAAUCUGUGGUUGUCCCUGUCUUCUGCCCUCCUACCUUGUCCAGCCAACAAUCUACAUUUGAUGGCUGAAAAGAACUUCCUUUAGUCUAUUUAGCAAUCUUGCAGUAAAUCUGGCCUGUGUAACAAUGUUAUGCUAAUCAGUGUAUUUCUUCUUAAUCAAUCAGAUUUCAUCAAGUGCACAAUCUAAUCCUAAUCUUGUCACAUCUGGUUUGAACCCCAUUCUUUGAGGCAAUAUAAAAAGCUCUCCGCUGCAAGAAGAGGACACAACAAGCUGGUAGAACCUCUGGAGUAAAGAGAUCAGCUGUCCUCAUCAUCCUGCAACAAUGAAGUUCACUCUAGCUAUCGCCCUCCUGAUGCUGGUUAUUUCUCACGGCACUGAGUCUGCAUCUUUGGUGAAGCGUGAUGUGCCCGCAGAGAUUGAGAAGAUCACCAAGUACCUCCAGGAGCUGAGCAGCAUGCUCACCACCACCACCGCUGAACUGGUGGAGAAGAUUAAGGCCGCUGACCUGACCAGCCAGGCUGAGGCUUACCUUCAGGAGGGCAAGGCUCAGGUGCAGCCACUGCUGGAGAAGGUCCAAGCACAGCUGAAGCCCCUGACAGCCAACAUUGAUGAGAAGCUCAAGCCCCUGUCCGGACCCAUCCUGUCCCAGAUCCAGCCUCUCGCUGCCUCCGUCGAGGCCCAGGUGGAGGAUCUCCUCAGGAAGGUGAUGGACCACACCAAGGCCCUGCUCCCUCCUCAGUAAAUCAACAGGCCCCUGCUGACUCCAAAUGUGUAUUAUCUUGAAGACAAAAACUUUUGUUGUUGCAUCAUGUCAUGUAUCACUGCUAUGCUGCUCUGCUGAGCCCCUCUCAGCCUUGGAAUGAGUUUACUGAUUAUUUAUCUGAAUCAUUAAAACGCUUCA